ACCACCAUGAGAUUUGAACUGCCCUGCACUAGUUAUCGUGAACUGUGAAGCACUACUCUCCACCACAUCCGAAUGUGCUUCACCAUGCAUGUCUGCAAAUUCGACGAAGCAACCCUCCCUAGAUUUCGAAGCUUUAAGCGUCGCAGCCACAUUUCUAGAACAUCAACAUCCCACCCACCGACCCUAUCACUCCUUACGUACGUUUAUGGUCGCAGUUGGCCUAACCGCGGGGGUUAUCAGAAGCCUUGCUCGACGCCUUGGCGGCUUGACAAUAGUCCCCUGGUUGGUGGUACGCAUCACAUCACACAACAAGGACAGAAGACUGCAUAGACAUUCUUUCGGUUAGGCACUCCAGCCGUUUCGCCGUUACUACACAACCAUAAACUUACGCUGUGGUCAUUUCUCAUCGUUGCGCGGUACGGUUUAGCUUAUAUUGAUACCAUCUGUGAUCGACUACAGUUCGGCUCUUCUAUCUUCAGGGUCAGAGCCAGCUCGGUACUGCUCAAAUCCAAUCCGACGCUGCUCGUAAGUGUCGGCCGGUCCCGAGAGAGGACCAAUCUCAAACAUACACUAUCAGGAGCCGAUAAGGCAGUGAUCAUCUUGCGCAGGUCAGCUUUAGCGGCUGCAUUCGUGGAGAGCUGCAGAGUUUCAUCGGUGUCUACAAGAAUACCGAUCCUUCGGUCAGGGAUUAGGAAAAUGUCCACUAAACCGGGAUCAACCCGAAGGUUGGGAGCCCGAACACGACAGGGCUUGGGGCACAUUCCUGGAAUGCAGAUGUGAAAGCAAGACUUGAGACACAAGCGGACCAAAUAAAGAGUCUCCUAAACGUGAUCGUCACUAAUCUGUAAACUCGAUACAGAUGCAUGAACUCUUUCAGGCUGAUCUCAACUCUUUUCAUCGCCAUUUCAAGAGUUCCUUGCACAGAGCCCUUGAACGAGAGCUGGUCCCUGCAAAUCCGACCCCGACGCUUAUCCUAACCCUUGAAUUUUUGAAAACUCAAGGCUGGUUGGAAACAACACUAUUAAUGGAGAACUUAUUCAUUGCAAAACGUCUUGACGCCGGACCUUCCGCUCACCGACAGUACUAGGCAAAACUCUUAUCUUCCUCCGCUGGAAGCCAAGAUUCACUGGACUUGUCCCUAAAGACACUAUGUGGGCUAUCAGUAACUGCUUGACAUGCAAUACCUACAAAAAGGGUCGGAUCAUCAAACAUGCGUUUGCAAAUGUUGGCAAUCGCUCGUCGUCAAGCCCUGCGAGAUACCCCUGCUUCAAAACAAACGCACGGUGACAACAGUGGCUGCGACAGAGUACUGGAGUGAAGUGGUUUUUUCUCAGCGGACGACGCGGUAAAGACUACAUACAACCAUAUACAGUACGGACAGGUCAUAACACUUCAAUGAUUGAAUGCCGUGACCUGGAGACGACUACCGGCGCCUCUUGUUUUGAAGCAAUCAAUCAACACACAAGCCAGUCAAUCCAAGGUAUCGACAGGGACGGUGUGCGGGGGCGGCAAGGGUCUACAUUAGUAGCUAUUCCGAACCAAGCUUGGUCUUGCUUCUAGCCGCAUAUACUAAACGAUAAAAUCGUGCGUUAGAAGGACCGAACGAUGCUGCAUGGAAGCCAAGCUAGGGUCUAAGCCUCGCACUUUGCAAAAAGCCCUCUGUUCUGCUUCUCCCAGCACAAUGUACCAAUCUCUCCCAGAGGGACAGGGGGGCGCUUAGAAGCCGUAACCACUCUCACUGACAGCGAGGCAUAUCCAUGCCAAUCAGGUCUCGGUCAUCACGGUCCCUGUCGCCGGCUCAUCAACCUUAUUCAGUCACGAUAGUCUCUUUUCAUUGGCUGCUGAUGCGAUUGAUGAGUGUCUCGUUUCUCAUCGCUGGAAAAUUAAGAAGCAAGCGCUACAUUACGAAAAACUAGAGCAGUCCAAGGCCCAAGUUGAACUAGGGACCCAAGACUGUCUCAAGCCUUUGGUCAUACGGAGUAGUCGCAUCUCAUUAUGAUACUAGGAACAAGCUAUUUUCGGUUCUAAUCACCGCCUCGGUAUCGUUUUACGUCUUGGCUCGCAUCUGAAUGUCUAUUUUUCGAUCGGAUUCCCACUCACCCGAGUUGUAUACUACGCUUUACCUGACAGCUGAUAGGCAUUGAAUGCAAAGCAGAUUAAGGUGUACGAAAACCUCGAGGCAAUCAUUUUUCUUCAACCGAGUUGGGUACAGGCCCUUCCUUAUCCUUUAUUCGCGCAAUCAUGCCUAAUCCUUGUUGAAAACGCUCUUCGCCAAUACCCGAGACACAAAUGUCCGACAGGAGCUGACGGUGUCUUCACACUGCUUCAAUUCGAGCCGCUUGCUUGCACAACCCCUGCUUAAGCGAGUUCCCCAUGUCUGCUUCACGCGGCUAUUGAGCUAGGCUGAUGAGAAGUCGGUCUGCUCCCAUCAACCACUAACACAGCUAUGAUAUUGCGAAAAAAAGAUUUGUGGCAAUGGGUAAUUCCGCCAUUCUUUAUGUUGUCUUCCGGCGACUCAUGGAUUCUGAUAUCGCUUUACGAGGGAGGCAACCGACAUUGACGCGUUGGGGUUCAUGUCCGAUUUGCCACAAGCCUGAGAUGAGCUUGAAUGCUACGUUGCUGGUAAGGUAAUGGUGAGCGAAUCAAGAUUGGUCCUGAAUUAUACCAGGACGGUGACCCGACUGCUCCGGGCGAACCACUGCUAGUUUCGAUUGGGCCAUUCACGUUGAUUUGAAGGCUGCUAGGCUGAAGGCUUGGUCUAUUCUGGUGUGGUAGGAUGUCUGUCGGCUAUGAUCGGUCCCCUCGACUCAGGUACACAUCAUGGCUACUCGUCAAGCUUUUCAUAGUGCUGAGGCUUUUAGGGAUCAUGAUAUCAAAGUCUAGCAAGUUAGCCUGCCACUGACCGAUUGAAACAGUUUGGAGUUUGGACAAACGGGACUAGGGUUCAAAAAGCAAAUCUCACCCUGGUUUAUCGUGAGCCGAGGCUCCCCUGGCCAUCUGCCUGAAAGGUCUAGGGCCCGAAGAAUUCAUGACAACGGCUUUGAUCGACAUCCAGAAACCCCAAAGCCAUGCAAGCAACCACAAGUCCCUGAAAUCUCUCAUGAAAGGGUACUGAAAGUAUCGUCUCCACGUCCCCAGAUUUCCCCGCAAACUGGGCGUACAGCUACCGACCAGUUUUGAUGUCGGCUUCAUUCAAUCUCGUCUUCACGUGCUGGACAUAGUUUAUUAUCACGUAAUAGUAUUGCUGUUUUGACUAAAAGUCGGGCCAGGGGGCAUUCCCAACGCGUCUAGCCAAGUUCUUUGGCAGCCACCCUUGAUCUCCAACAACCCCGACAAGAAGAUGGAGAACCCUACCGACCCCGCGUCUCUUGGUGUUGGUGUGUCAUGAGAUUGCCAGCGCGGGGAUGGCCAGGCCAGGUACGGAGUAUCCUCAUGCACACAACUAGCCUGUCUUUUAGGUUUCGGCUCCCGAUGAACAACUUGGGCUGUUUGUCUCGGACUCUCACCGUCACUGACUUGGCUCGUCCGGCUUCAACAGUCGAUUCUUCUCAGGUCCCUUGUGCCGAGUAUGGAAAAUCGUCAAGCCGCAAAGGGCCGAGCCCUUAGUAGUAUGAUGGUGGUUCAUAGAUCAGCCACACCACUCCUUUAAUGCAGGGCUUGGACGUUUGUAGAAGGCCAUUUACGAGAUUUGAUGAUGAAGGAGUUGAUCAAGUCACCGCCAGCACAUUUGCAAACACACGCAUGCCUUGGUAGUCAUGAACCUCGUGGGUUGGCGCGCUGCGUGAUAUGGCUCUCCGCUCUCAUAGUGCAAAAGUUCCACUUGAUUCACAUAAACGACGGGUUGAUAUGGGUCUCGUGCGCGAACAAAGCUCCGGAAAUCGUGAACGCUGAUAAAGAUAUCCUGCCUGCAGCUUGGCUCUUUCAGUUCUACGUCGACCGUUCGAAUACGGUAUGCAUUCCUCCAGACAAAGCGGGACGGUCAUCACCAUGAGAAUGCUCACCAUUCGUCCCCCGCAUUCCCCAGACUUUCUGUGAUGGCUUGAGAUGGCCUGGAGGGGCGGAGCAAUUCUAACAACGGACGAAGCAACAUUUCUCCACACGGAACGAGAGAGAUGGGUACGGUGCAUAGUUCUUAGCAGCGCAGUGCCGCAUGGCAAGUCACCAUGCUAUCGAACGACGUGCAUCGCGUUGAUAUCGUCGAAAACUGUCCUAUCAGCUCGCUUCAUGGCCCUCAGGCGGCAUCGCAACACGUCUUGCUUGUCAGACAGGUGGAUACCUAAUUUGCGGUAUUCAGCUGGCAAUGGCAUUCGAAAGCUCACUCCCUACUCCCCUAUCUGUUUUAUUCGUCGCUUGUACGUAAUUCUCAAGCUGCGUCGAUACACAAACCGACGAAGGGCCGGUAGCAUUGGCCAUAGGGCAAAGAGAGUUGGGAAAUUUCUUUACCUUUGAGUUUUCUGUCUCAAGUAAUUGCAGUUUUACUUCUCGAUACGGAACAGUCUCAGAAGCCAAGUGGCUAGUGGGCUUGAGGUGGACGAUCUUGAACCUGCAUUUAUUUGGCUCCCGUCAUUUCCCUUACCGCUUGGUGUUGGCGUGCGGCCGUUCUGUGUGGGGGUGGGUGGCAUUGCAGACUUCUGGAAAUCCGGGGAAGGCAGCGCAGAAGAAGGGAUGGGAUGAGAUGGCAUAUCGUGGCUAUCCAAGGUAAAAGUUUCUUCACUAUCUGACGGCGGAAGGCUUUCCGCUUCCUCAGUGCUGGGUCUCCAGAUUGUGGCUUUCGGCCUGUCUCGGUGCGCGGUGGACGAUCAGCGAUCGACACGCGGUAGGCUGAUGGCCAAGUCUGAUGGACGGUGGCUUGAUCCAGACAUCCAAUCAGUCUAAUGUACAGGCGAGCUCUGGAAGAUGACGACACUGAUGAUGAUGUCGUUGUGUGGCAGCUCAAGAUAAGCCUUUGUCUGAGAGAAGUGUGAACUGCAUCAAAUCUAGGGUAGGGAAGAGCGACGUCAGGUGGAUAUCUGAGAUGGCAAUGAUGAGACUCGCUUCCAGUGGUUUGACGUUUUGACUGAAUCCUGGCGCUUUCGGAUGGAUCGAGAUCUGUCAACCAAUGUGGCAGAUGAAACCAUAGGGCGACCAUGUAUAUCACAACUGUGAUCUUUUCUUUGUUGAGAAGGAUACAUGAUGUUGGUUACGUUGACCGUUACAAACAGAUGAUAUCACAACCAUGAGUUUCUAGCAAUUAUCUACAAAAUCCUCGUCAAAGGGAUUUUUCACCGAAAUAAUGACGACAAGACAUGACCCUUUUAUCACAAGCAUCUGCACGCAUCACAGGUAUUAUCGUAUUUCUGAGCUUGCUGAAGAUUGUUUCUGGGCAUGGCCUUCAGUGAUGGAUGGCAGGGGAAUUAACCUGAAAGCAUUACCGUUUCAUUGGAAUAAACGAUGAACGGCCGUGGGAGUGUACUAUGCUGUGAUCGAAACACCGAAUUUUCCUAUCCGACCUGGCACCAGGCGUCGUCGGGGAUCAUUCGCCGCCAUUGAUACUCGACCAGCGAUGGGGAUCAUCAGAUAGCCCUGUAUGACAUGGUUGUCACUCUGGCCUUGGCGUCAUAUUUUCCUGUUGGAUAUGAUAUCUUCCACGGCUCUUUUGCGGCUGUACGACUUCGGUGGUUCCGGUGAUCUUGGCAGCAGAUCCUAUUCGCAUCAAAAUGUCAUCCCCCAUUGGCAUCCAUUGGUAAUAGCAGGCGCUGACACAUUCGCGGAUCGUAAAAUGGAGACGGGACUCGGAGAUAUACAGUAUUGAACAGGCGUGUAAGACCUGAUGCUUGUCAACGUUGCACGGGGAGCUUAUGACACAACUGGGUUUCCCAUUGACACCAGAUGUUGUUUUGAGGUCUUACAAGUGGCUCAGCUUACAUUCGAUCUCGACCUCGCCCUGUACAACCUAGAUGAAUGAGAGUCGGGCGACGGUUGUAGUAGAUGUGAUGACAGGAGCUUUUCCCCAUUCCCCCGACCAGACUUCAAACGCAAUGGAUAACAAGCGCAACAUGUAGCAAGGUUUUCUCGCAUCUCUACAGUGGAGUUUGACAAUAGAAACCCCGAGGCGUGGGAAUUACAGUG